AGCAAAUUCUUUGUGACAAAUGAAUCACUUCAUUCCAUUGCUUCUCUGCUGAAGCUGGAGGUUUUGGGUUUGGUGGCGUGUCCUUUAAUUGAUGAUGCUGGAUUACAGUUUAUUGGGCAUGGAUGCCCUUUACUAAAGGUAAUUGAAGUAUCAAGGUGCGAAGGUGUGAGUUCGUCUGGUUUAAUCUCUGUCAUUACAGGCCAUAGUAAUCUUCUGGAGCUUAAUGCUGGUUACUGUCUUUCAGAGCUUUCUACAACCCUUCUCCAUUGGAUAAAGAACUUAAAGCACCUUGAGAUGAUCAGAAUUGAUGGGGCUAGAAUUUCUGAGUCUAGCUUCCCAGUCAUUAGCACCAAUUGCAAGUCAUUGAUAGAAAUUGGUCUCAGCAAAUGUGUGGGGGUGACCAACAUGGGCAUAGUGAGACUUGUAUCUGGCUGCAUUAAUUUGAGAGUCCUAAAUCUAACAUGCUGCCAUUCCAUUACUGAUGCUGCAAUUUCUGCUAUAGCUGACUCAUGCAGAAACCUUGUGUGCCUGAAGCUAGAGUCUUGUCAUAUGAUUACUGAGAAGGGUCUUUGUCAGCUUGGAUCCUCUUGCUUGCUGCUGGAGGAGAUUGACCUAACAGAUUGCUGCGGUGUAAAUGACAAAGGACUUGAAUAUUUAUCUAGAUGUUCACAACUAUUAUGCUUGAAAUUAGGACUUUGCACAAACAUAUCAGGCAAAGGACUCUCCUAUAUUGGUUCUAACUGUACAAAGAUUCAUGAACUGGAUCUAUACCGUUGUUCUGCUGUUGGUGAUGAUGGUUUAGAUGCUUUAUCUAAAGGUUGCAAGAAGUUGACAAAACUCAACUUGUCAUACUGCAAUGAAGUUUCUGACAGAGGGCUAGGAUAUAUUGGUCAUCUAGAGGAACUUUCUGAUUUGGAGAUGCGGGGACUUUUUAAAAUUACAGGUGUGGGUUUAGAAGCAGUUGCAGCUGGGUGUAAGAGGCUCGCAGAUUUGGAUUUGAAACACUGUGACAAAAUUGACGAUUCAGGCUUUUGGGCUCUUGCCUACUACUCAAGGAACCUUCGACAGAUAAAUUUGAGCCACUGUGGCAUAUCUGAUAUAGCAUUGUGCAUGGUGAUGGGGAACUUGACACGCCUGCAAGAAGCAAAGCUUGUGCACCUGGGCAAUGUCACAGUUGAAGGGUUUGAACUUGCACUGAGAGCCUGCUGCAUCCGGAUCAAAAAGGUCAAAUUACUGGCCCCUCUAAGGUUGUUGCUUUCAUCGGAGAUUCUUGAAACCCUGCAUGCUAGAGGUUGCAUCAUAAGAUGGGAUUAGAUGAUUUCGUCUUUGACGUAUAUAAUGAUUGUGAAUAAACCCCUUGUCCAUGGGUUAGGAAAGAGUUUUGCCUAUAAGCUUUCAGGUGCAGAAAGGAGCAAUUAUGUUCCUUAUUAUUUGACUAUCGUUUAUAUUUUGCUUUAGCAUAAAGUUUAAGUUACUGCAGCCCGGAUUUGUUUUGACCAUGGUUUAUUUAUUUGUAUUUUGACUGGAUUAUUUGACUAUUGUUUAAGUAUGCUGGUAUGAGUUCAUGGUAUCUGUCAUAGCACAAAAUAUCAU